AAUAGCUAGUCAGCACAAUAGAAUAAGACGAAUAAAAGCGCGUUCGAGUCUAACUCUAUGGUUCGAGUUGGGCUAGAUGGGUAGGCGUUGCUGUCUUUUCUAAUACAGGAGGUUUAAGCAAUGGCUCGACCAAUGGGAGACAGCCAUCGAAGAUUCUUGCAAACAUUGAUGGUCGAUGGAAUUAUUGAUGGUCCCCGAGCAAGAGCUCUUCACAGGCACUGUUGUGAGACCCACAGUGCACAUUAUGCCCACGAUAGACUUGAUGAAUUCAUUGAUGUCAUCAAUGCUCAACUGCAGCCCAUGUUCAUGCAGAUCAGAAAAGGGAUGUCUGAAGAAGAUGGUCUCACACAUUAUGCAUUGGUGAACAUGGCUGAGACGGAUGUCACCAGGAUGUCAUCAGAUUACGCAGACAAUGAACUGGAGUUAUUCAGAAAAACUAUGGAUCUGAUUGUGGAAUCUGAUAACGGAACCGCAUCAUCCACAGACGUCCUUAAUUCUGCUGACAGCCUUCAGACUAAGAAGCUAAAGAAGAAAGAGACAGAACAUGUGUUGGCCAGGCUUGUCCAGGAGAAGUGGCUGAACGAGAAACAUGGCGAAUAUUCUCUAUCAACCCGUUGCAUUAUGGAGAUGGAUACAUACAUUCGUAUGAUGUACACGGACCAAGUCAAAGUCUGCCAUAUCUGUCACAAUAUUGCCUUACAGUGCCAAACGUGUGAUAAUCCAUCUUGUGGGGUCAAAAUCCAUAACCCAUGCGUUGCCAGGUACUUCAAAGGUAGGACUGAUCCUCGAUGUCCUGCCUGUGAGGAUUUUUGGCCACAUGAGAUUCCAGAGGUUAGCCGAUCCCAGUCCCAGCCCUCUCAGAGUCCAUCAGCCAAGGAGAACACAGCACCAACUCAUUCAAAGAGAUCCAGAAGAUAAAAUGGCAGUGUACAUAAUGCUAAUCUGACUAAACAUUUGAUCUGUGUUUAUGGAAGGACCAACGUAAUGUUUCUAUUGUUGGUUGAAUUUGAAUUAUUUAUAAAGUUGGUUUUAAUGGUUCAUGGCGAUCAUAUUUGUGAGAGAAGUAGCUGUAAUUUCAGUUCAUGGAUCUCAAUAAUCAAAAUCUUGUUAAAUGACUUUCAGAGGGUUUUAAUUCUUAUGUGAACUAUUUCAUUUUCAGUUUUAAUGUAAAGCUGUGUUUACAUCAUUUGUACCUGUGGUUCAUUAGGUUGUUAAAUUAGAAAACUUUUCCCUAUUUGAAUAAAUUAUGGAAAUUAGCCAUCAUCUCAGACAGUAUCUGCAGGGAUAAUUUGGAAACACAUAAUUAAAUAUGCUAAUUUGAUGAAGCAUACGCCAUUAAAUUAAAUGGGUAACAACUCUGAAUAUUUUACAUGCAGGAAUACAUUUGUACACAGUUUAAAGCUCUUUUUCAUAGAUAUGCAGUGCUUGUGCAACAGCUUCACACAUUUUAUGGAAAUCACCAAUAUAAUAAAGGAAAAGGAUAUUUAUAAAACUAUUUUAUUAUAUUUUUGAUAUGUGAACAAUUGAUUGCACACAGUUCAACACUGUACAGUCGUCUGAAAUAAAAUAAGAUACUUCACAAUAAAGCAAUAAACACCUUUU